AUGGCAAAAGCUGUGAUAGCUGAUCAUGAUAAUUUUUUAACAACGGAAAAAAUAAAUGUUGAAGCUAAAAAGUGUCAUUCUUUUCCACAUACAUUUCAACGAACAUAUUUAACAACUGCUUCAAUAACAAGUUAUCAAUCAAGUGAUUAUCCUUCAGCAUUUCAUAAUCAUUCAUCAUAUGACGGAAGUGUUCCGACUCGUGGUGCUCGACGUGGUGAAGAAGGAGGAACGAAAUCAUUUUUUUUUAUUUGUUUAUCAUAA